GAUUAGGCUCUCUUGCAGUCCAUCAGCCAUGUGGCCGAGGCAAGUUGGGUACCUAACCUAGGUAUGCUUUUCUCAACAGCCCGACGGUUUUCAUGCCCGGUUCUAUGAAAUUUAGGACUAUUAGGUGUCUGCGUGACUUUUCUGGUCUAUUUAUGAUAUAUUGAUUUGAUAUAAUGCUAAAUCGCAACUGGCCCAUCUGUCCUAGGGCUGAUUAAGAAUUCGGCUUAUUCACCACGGCCUCUAGUCAUAUCGACCCGAGAGAGCGUGAACCCCUUGCACUCCCGUGCUAGUUCGUUCCAUUAGCUCCUUUUUUUCUGGGAUGUUUCGGGUCUAGGAGGUUGCCAGUGUCGCGUCCCUCGGAGCAAUGUCACUGCGAAUAAAAACACUAGGAACUAGUAAGGCCUGCUCCUAUACACUGCUGACCCACACCCCACAAGGCCGUUAAUGCCACUUCACUGGACAAUGUCAUUAGGUCAUGGAAAGAAGAGUUUCUGGUCGCCUCCUAAGUAGUAUACCUCGGAAUCUAUAAGUAUAGCUAUGGAUCCUAGUUUCUUGUUGUGGUUUCCUCUUUGCUCAGCACCCCUUUUUCGUAUUUAUCUUAUCUUUUAAUAUCAUCUGUCUCUCCCUUAUACGUAUACUUCGGUAUAUAUCAACCCGCGAGCCAAACGGCGAUAUCUUCAUCUGGCUCCAUUUAUCCCAUCGUCACUUAAUCAGAAAGCAUGACUGUCCCGAUCAGAAAUGAGCUCAAUGGCCAAACAACCACAAGGCGGCCAUUGCCGUGCGGCAUCUAUGCUCCUACCAUGACCUUCUUCGAUCCCGAAACCGAGGAACUUGAUAUUGCCACCAUAAAGAAGCAUGCGGAGCGUCUAGCUAAAGCUGGACUUGCCGGCUUAGUCACCAUGGGAUCCAAUGGGGAAGCCAUUCACUGUACUCGUGACGAGAAGGUGGCAGUGACACGUGCUACCAGAGAAGCUCUGGAUGCCGCUGGGUUUACUACCACGCCCAUCAUUGUUGGAGCUACAGAGGGAAGCGUAAAAGGAACCAUUGAACUCUGCAAGCAGUGUGAGGUAGUUGGUGGGGAUUACGUAUUGUUAUUGCCUCCAAGCUACUUCCGUGCCCAAAUGGACGAAGAGGCCAUAGUUGGUUAUUAUACCGCUGUAGCAGAUGGAAGUCCGUUACCAAUCGUUCUAUACAACUACCCCGGUGCGGUCGCCGGUAUCGACAUGGACUCGGACCUUAUUAUCAAGCUUGCCGAGCAUCCUAACAUCGUUGGAACCAAAUUCACGUGCGGUAGCACUGGUAAGCUUACCCGUGUUGCGCUAGCUACCAACGCGAAGACCCCAGCUUCGGAGGGCAGUGGAUAUAUGGCUUUUGGCGGCAUAUGCGACUUUACUGUUCAAACAUUGGUAUCGGGUGGUAGCGGAAUCAUUGCAGGAGGCGCAAACGUUAUGGCUAAGGUUUGCGUUAAGGUAUGGAACCUGUACGCCGAGGGAAAGACGGAGGAAGCCAUCGCACUGCAGAAAAAGCUCUCCCGAGCCGAUUGGCUAUUAACCAAGGCGGCCAUUGCGGGCACCAAACAGGCCAUUCAGAGCUACUUCGGCUAUGGCGGUUACCCUCGGCGACCGCUCAAGCGCCUUGAGCAGGCCAAGGUGGAAUCUAUCGCCGAAGGAAUACGGGAAGUGAUGGAGAUUGAAAAGUCACUGUAACGAUAAGGAAAACGGGUUACCGGGAACAUGGUAUAUCCAACCUACGGGGACUUGGCUAUAUGCCGUCGAUAUUAGCCGCGUGGCUGUUGAUGCCCUACCUUAGGUAUUCUUAGAAAAAUGCGGGGUUCAAAUCCGGGGUGACGGAUGAGGCUCUUUGGAGGGUCA